GCUCUACGAUUUAAAAAUAUUUGGCACUUACAUUUGUUUCAGUCGGUGAGAUCUCGACUCUUCUCGACUAAAGGAGAAAAUCCCCAAAACCCUAAAACCCUAAUCUCGUUCUUUUAGACAUCGCAUUAAGCUCAACAUGAGUCGGCCAAUGGAAGAGGAUACCCCUGGAGCCAAGAACGAGGAAGAGGAGUUCAACACUGGGCCUCUCUCUGUUCUGAUGAUGAGUGUUAAAAAUAACACACAGGUGCUCAUUAACUGUCGAAACAACAAGAAGCUUCUAGGCCGUGUGAGGGCGUUUGAUCGGCACUGCAACAUGGUUCUAGAAAAUGUCAGGGAGAUGUGGACUGAGGUACCAAAGACUGGUAAAGGCAAGAAGAAAGCUCAUCCCGUCAACAAAGAUAGGUUUAUCAGUAAGAUGUUUCUUCGGGGAGACUCGGUUAUCAUCGUCCUUAGGAACCCUAAGUGAGAAUUGUAGCAGUUCUAUUGAUCAUCCGAAGUCUAUGCUGAGUCCAGUCCAUGGCAUGUUAUCAUUUCACUUUACUGUAGGUGUACUUACAAAAACCCUCUGCUCUUUGUAGGAUUUCUUGUUGCUUGCUUAAAGCUAUUCCGAAUAUUUUAGUGGCCCUUUUGUUUGCUCUUGACGUGUUGAUCACAUGGCAAUUGCCCUUAUCCUAAGAUUGGUAUGAUAGAUAUAUGAUCUGGCUGAGGAUUUAUGUU